UGUGUUUUCUCCCAGCCGGUGUCGGCGUCAGCAGCUCAUAUCCUCGGGGAGGUCUGCCGGGAGAAACAGGAAGCUGCGAUCCCAUUGGUCCGUCUCUUCCUUCACUAUGGAAACAUCCUGCCUUUCCUCAGUGCCGUCGCCCAAGCAGAGGUCAACCGCACACAGGACCCUAAUACAAUCUUCAGAGGGAACUCUCUAACGUCUAAGUGUAUCGAUGAGACCAUGAAGCUGGCUGGGAACCACUACCUCCAGGUCACCCUGAGAUCCAUGAUAGAUGAAAUCUGUACGGACCACAAGCCCUGUGAGAUCGACCCGGUGAAGCUGAAAGAGUCAGAAAACCUAGAGACCAACAGAGAGAACCUGCGUCAGUAUGUAGACCGGAUCUUCAACAUGAUCACGACGUCAGGCGUGCGUUGUCCCACCGUCAUGUGUGAUAUUUUCUUCUCACUCAGAGAAUCUGCUGCAACACGUUUCGAAGUCGACCAGGAUGUGAGGUACACAGCCGUCAGUAGUUUCAUCUUCCUGCGAUUCUUCGCCCCGGCCAUCCUCUCUCCCAACCUGUUCCAGCUGCGCCCGCAUCACCCGGACCCCGCCACGUCUCGGACCCUCACCCUCAUCUCAAAGACCAUCCAGACCCUGGGUAGCCUGGCCAAGUCCAAAUCAGCCAGUUUUAAAGAGACUUACAUGGCGGCCUUCUACGAUUACUUCAACGAGCAGAAGUAUGGCGACGCUGUGAAGAACUUCCUGGACCUAAUCUCGUCGUCAGGGAGAUGGAACCAGAAGAGUAUCGAGACUCCCAUCAUGCUGAAAGAGGGGUUCAUGAUCAAGCGAGCCCAGGGGAGGAACCGUUUUGGGAUGAAGAACUUCAAGAAGAGGUGGUUUCGCCUCACGAACCAUGAGUUUACCUACCACAAAACCAAAGGUGAGGGCGCUCUCUGCAGAAUCCCUAUAGAGAAUAUCCUGGCUGUCGAGAGACUGGAGGAAGAGUCAUUCAAGAUGAAGAACUGGGCCUCCUCUCAACUCAGUGGGCCUCCUCUCAACUCAGUGGGCCUCCUCUCAACUCAGUGGGCCUCCUCUCAACUCAGUGGGCCUCCUCAACUCAGUGGGCCUCCUCUCAACUCA